CGUGCCUGUCGCGUAUCUUUGCUUCCCCUUGUGCCGUCACGUUUCCUGUUAGAGCAUCGUUGACUUCAACCCGCCCAAAUCACGCAAUCGCUGCAGAAAUGGCACGAAUGUUUGGUGCCAUCGAGCACCUUACUCGACUAGCGGAAGAAGAGAUCGGGUUGCUUAAAAGUUGCAGAGCGCUCGAGAAGCGGCGACUUUAAGUGUUUUCGUUCCUUCUCACUUGCACCGCAACGAACAUGGCCGACAUCGACUUUGAUGCGGAGAAGCAAGCGGCUCUCAAGAGAACGGGUUUAAACCCAAAGGCAAAGAAGGGUUGGCGCUCAUUCAUCUGGGAUCAUGACACGGAUCAAAAGUCACCCGAAGAGCAAAGACUGCUCGUGAAGCUGGACAUGACUAUUUUAGUCUAUGCAUGCUUGGCAGAGUUCUUGAAGCUUCUGGAUCAGCAGAAUCUAUCAAACGCGUAUGUAUCUGGCUUGAAGACGGACAUAAACUUGGAUGGCAAUUCAUACAACGUUGCAAAUGCGCUGUUCUCUAUUGGGUACGCCAUCGGCCAGAUUCCUGGGACUCUCCUUCUCCAAAAGUAUCGUCCCCAUCAUGUGUUGCCACUCUUCGAAGUCAUUUGGUCCAUCGCCACCUUUGCAACUGCAGCUGUGAAGACCCCUGGUCAUCUGGCUGCUUGCCGUUUUUUCGUUGGGCUUGCAGAGGCACCGUUCUUCCCCGGCAUGCUCGUUACCCUAGCCGCUUGGUACACACCUGCCGAGUUGGGUAAGCGCAGCUCAAUCUUCUUCGUCAUGGCCCAAGUUGGAUCCUUCUUCUCCGGUUAUCUUCAAGCGGCAUGCUACAACCUGACUGGCGUCGGUGGUCUUGCGGGAUGGAGAUGGCUCUUCAUCAUGGAUGGUGUCAUGUCGCUUCCUAUUGCCCUGGUUGGCUUCUUCUUCUUCCCGGAUUCGCCUGCGCGUGCACGCGGUUGGUGGAUGACACCUGCUGACAAACAGCUUGCUGUAGACCGAAUUGCUCGUGCGGGAGUGGGGAAGAAUCCAGGAUUCUUCGACUGGAAGCUGAUUAAGCGGGCCUUUUCCACGUGGCAUUGGUAUCUGUUUGUUCCUGGUUACGUCUUCUUUGGCCUGGGAACGCAAGCUGCUACCACUUGGUUCGGUGUGUGGCUGCAGGCUGAAGGUUACAGCGUCUAUCUGCGUAACAUCAUUCCAACAUUCACAAACUUGGUCACUCUUGUCGCCGUUCUGAUUUGGGGAUGGGUCUCUGAUUACAUCGAGAACCGCCCACUCAUCAUGAUCAUUGCCAUUAUCUAUGGCAUAUUCCCCCUCGCCUGCCUCUCUGUGUGGGAUAUCCCUAACGGCCUCAAAUUCUUCAGCUACUUGACCCUCGGUGUCGAGUACAUCACCCCUCUCUUCUUCACCUGGGCCAACGAGGUGAAUAGGCAAGAUGACGGUGUGCGGAGUUUCAUCGUCGCGAGCAUGAACUGCGCACAGUAUGCAAUGGCUGCAUGGGUGACGAUUCUUACACUUCCCGCCUCCAAAGCACCAAAAUUCUCUGUUGGAUACCAGAGCUGCGCCGCCUUCAACGCCAUCGCCGUUAUCAUCAUUGCUGCCAUUUGGUACUGGGACAGGCGGGACAAGGCUCGCGCUCUGCCUGAAGAUAGCGAAAUCGAUCCCACGAUACAAGGCGCAGAGGAGGGCUCAGAGAAAGACACGAAGUACCUGUCUGAGUGA